UCUACACGCCUGCUUUUCGUUACUGACAGGGCCUCCCUCCUUGAUAGGGUGCCCUUCCAUAUCCAGGCCCCCGUUAUUACUAAGGAUCCCUCAUCAGUGUCAGGCCUCCCAUUACUGUCAUUGACUGCCCUCCGCCACCUAACCCCCCCCCCCCGCCCCCACUUCGCUGUAAAUAGCCUAUAUGACGGGAACUAAGUAGCCCUGUCCCGGUCUUCCUCCCAGCCUGUCUCCACAUUGAUGUGUUCCACCUUCCUCCUAGACAGGACUUUGCCAGGUGUCUGGAGAAUCUUCUUCUGAGAGUGAAUCUAAACUAUUGUAAGCCCAGAGUUGUAGGAAGUAGGCUGUGAGAGGAGGGGAAGAUUCCUAGAGGCUGACUCCCGCAGCCUGCCACAGUGGAGUGACUUGGGACUGUUGGAGGUCUUUCCUACAAUUAAUGCCACAACUUCUGGCUCCCCCAGUCUUUUCUCAGGUUUAAAGAUACUUGGCAUCAGCUUACCUAGCAGUUCUUGCUCUGUCCCUAGGAGAACCCAAAGGCCACGGCUCCCUGCCACCCCUGUCUUGUUCCCCUAGUUGACCUGAAACCCUCUAGCUCCUGAAGUACCGAGGGUGAGGGACUCCUAGUGGGCCUGCUUUCAGUAAAGGACUAGGCCCGGCACCAGAAAAGUUAUCCGAAGAUUAAGUUAACGAGACAACCCAAUUUAUGGGUUGGGGCAAAGCUAACUUUCAGCCUGGGGCUGCCCCCGCCACAGCAGAUUGUGGCUGGGGAGAAGACUUGGCCCUAUCUUUGGAAUAGCCAAAGGGGAGAGAUGGGUGCGUACCUGGAAGAAUUCGUUUCUUGCCUUUCCAGGUAUCUAGACCAGUUGGUCCAGGAAAAAACACAAAGUAUGUGGCAGACAACCAGCUGAUGGAGAUCUGUGAUAAGUAAAUGGCACCCCAAGAGCUGCACCCAAGCUCUGGGGCACAAGUCCAAACUGGAGGGUGGGAGAGAGACCCAAGGCCUCUGGUACUAGCAGUUCAAGAUGGGUGACCUCUGGGUUGUGGCCACCUUCAAGAAAGGACCCAGGCUCCUGAGCCAUUUCCUCAGAAUGUCUACAUCAAGAACCCUGUCAAAAGUGGAGUGCCCUGUGCAGCCCUGGGCCUACACCUCACCAGGACACUGUCAGAAUUCCUGAGUAUUCACAAGACAAACUCCAGGAAGGGGCCUUCAAGCCUCACCCUGGACAGGAAGGAGGAGAAGCUUGAGUUUUUCAGCAUGGGAGGGGGACGAGUUCUUACUCUUGGAACUGAUGGUCCCUCCUGAUUGUUUCAGCAGCCCUGCAGCAGAAAGGUGCCCAGGACAGGUUUGAGUCCCUAUCCCAAGAGAAGGCCUGCUCCUUAGAGAAUAGCUGGCCACAGAGCAGAAGGCUGCAGAAGGCACUCUUACAAGAACCAGAUAAGGUCUGGAUUACUGGGUAAUGACUCAGUUUAUGUUUCAAAUACAGAGCAAGACUUGAGGAUUGAAAUCCCCAGACCAGGAGUGGGAAGUUCUUCAAGGUGCCAGAGGCACUAAACUUAGCGGCUUGCCCCCACCAUAGGCAGUCCCCAGCUUCCUGGAAAGGACAAGAGGAGGAGGAGGAGUUUUGCUUUAGGGGUAAGGGGAGAAGGGAGUGGGGGCUGGGAAUGGGAUUCGGAGACAAGAGACAGGAAGGAGAGGAGAGGUUGGGGCUUUAGCAAGAGGAUGGGAUGCAGAAUGUAUAAGGGUUGGGUGGGGGGUGGGGGGGUAUUACCGGACCUGGGUGGGCAACAGGGAAAGGCUGGAAUUUGAACAAAAGAGAGGUAAUUGAGCUCUUGAGUCUGAUGUCUCAAUAAGCCAGGAUUGAUUCUGGAAGCCCCAGGCCCCUGCUGGCAAGAGGCUGGCAUUUCAGGGACAGGACCAGGCAAAAACAGGAAGGUAAGAUUUCUUGGGUCUUUUUCCUGUUUGACAGCAGCAACCUGGCACCAAAGAACUUUAUCUUCUUUCAUCUUCCCACCUUAUCCACCCCAUCCUUCCUCCCUGUCUCAUCUCCCUGGGGAAAGCAGCCCCCACCUCAGCAUCCCAGAGGUACCCCAAUAGCACCCAGCUUCUCACUCUGGUUGUGACUGUCCCAGCCAAGACUCAUCAUCAGCCAGAAGAGCUUGCUUUAGGGGUCCAUACCCAUCAGUUUUUCCUGAUAAGACAGGCAGGCUAGGGCAGGAAGUAAGGGAGGAGAGGAUGAAGGCAAGUUGGUACUGGCCUUCCCUCUGCUCCCACCCCACCCACAAUUCCCCUAUCAGAAUUUGUGUGUGCCAAUAUGAUUGUGUGAUUGAAUGAUUGUGAAGACACAACUAUGUGGGAGUGGGACUUUGACUACAACUGGGGCUAUGUGAUUCUGUCUUUGGUUGUCUGACUGUGUAAAGUUGACUGAGUGGUUGAGUGUGACUGAAUGUGAUUGUGGGUAUGUGAGUGUGAAUGUCCAUCAUUGGAUGCCACUGUGGAUACUUAGGUGCCCUUACUCAGUCACUGUACCAUCAGUCGUCACAUCAUGCACUACCCCUCUCUCCAGCUUCUCUGUCCAGGGCUUAGAAGCCAUGGGAAAUGGCAGCCCUAGAAGAGGAAGGGGUCUGUGGCAAUUAGGGCCCAGGAAUGUCACAGGAUGAGCAAUACAUCUUCACCUGCCUCUGACUCACCUGGUGCCCCAGGUAAAAGGCACCCAGAUAAAAGGUAGGGGAGGAGGAGGAAAGAGAAGUAUCCAGGCUGAGCAGCAUGAAGGGGCCCUCAUCCACAAGCAGCCUCCUGCUGCUACUGUUGCUGCUGAGCCCAGACCCUGGAGCAGCCCUGCCACUGCCAACCAGCAUUACCUGCUGUACUCAGCUCUACCGCCAGCCACUCUCGAACAAGCUACUGAGAAGGGUCAUCCGGGUGGAAGUGCAGGAAGCUGAUGGGGACUGUCACCUCCAGGCCUUCGUGCUUCACCUGUCUCGACGCAGUGUCUGCAUCCACCCUCAGAACCGCAGCCUAGCUCGGUGGUUUGAGCGCCAAGGGAGGAGACUCCAGGGGACUCUGCCUAACCUGAAUUUGGGGCUGACAGGGAAAAUGGACCAGGGCCCCCAGUAGCCGAAACAAUAAAGCAGCAUUGGACAACAGUCUC